AUGUCGAUGCAUUCACGCGGUCAACGGGCGGAGGUCUCGCCAACAGAUGACGGAAUGAGGAGAUUCUUCGAGGAUGAACUGGGUAUCACUCUGGAUCAACCACUGCCCGCCAACGAAGGAACUCUCGAGUCCUCGACACCUCGAGCAGGCUCAAACGACUUCGCCGGAUACAGCCCCUCGGUGUUCGGUCUUCAAGAGCAACGUAUGGCGGCGCCAGGCUUGUUCCCGCUCUCCAUUGAUCCGACCCGUAUACCCCGUCAAGGUUUCGGUAAUUGGAAUCGCCAGACUUACCAACCGCCUCAUGGAGCUGGCGAGAGAGGGUAUCAGCGUCCAUUAGGUCAAGACUACGCCUGGCCGCUCAACCAGCAAGGCAACGCGAGCCUCACUUUGUCGACACCUGACUAUUCCCAGGUUGCGAGCGGACAAGUGGUCAAGAACACGACAAGCUCGGGCGAGCAUCCAAAUUAUGGACGAUAUCAAGAUCCGCCGUCCGGAGACGUGCUUGCAGAAACCUGGCCACACGGUUGGAAUCUCGGCGACUUGUCGGGCCACGCUGGAUCUGAUGAGGCUCACGGGUUACCAGAGCCAGCAACUGUAUCACACCAUCCCGCCCAGGGAACUCCGUUGCCAGGUCCGUCGACGCAGACCGAACCUGCUGCCCGUGCCGGCUCGUCUCCACCCCCAGCUGCCGGCGCCUCUGGUGGCAGAAUGUGCAUACAUGAGCCAUGUACACGCAAGGGGCACCCAGAUUAUUGCAGUCGACAUGUGAUAACUUCGAAACGCCAUAAUGCCCCACCACCUCAGUUAGAAUACUUGCCUCUGACAAAAGAAGCUGCGCUUGAGGUGGCAUAUGCCCCAUAUCCUGGACUCCGCCAACAAAACCACUCGAUGGCGGCAGAUAGCACCCGGCAGGGCGAGUGGGUCCAACGCUUGCUCGCAGCUGCGCAGAGAGUGUACCAACCCAGCCCUGAAGACACGAAGAAGAAGAUCAGAUAUAUGCAAAAGCAGCAAAAGAUGUUCUGGGGAUACGUUGCCGUCGAGAACAAGGCGGGGGAGAGGUACAAUCCGCACUGCAUCAGCGCCCGCAUGAUUAUGUUGUUCCAUGCAGUCGUCGCGUUGCAUGAUGGCGGGCCGGUAAUCUAUCCCCACGGCGGGGACAGCCAUGGAUACGGCAAGCUGGAAGCGUUGACGUUCGAGCAGCGACUGGAGAAGAUUGAAGGCAUCCUAAAGACCCACAAGCGCAUUGUGAUGGACGCCUUUGAGGGCAAAGGUGUCGUGGCGCUCGUUGAGACCCCGGAAGCUUAUCGCAAGCGCAAGGAGCAGAAUCAGCAGAGCAACGACAAGAAAGAACCGGUGCUGAAAGGCAAGGUUAUGGGCAAAGCAAAGAGCAAGGCAGCCGGCAAAAGACCAGUGACUGAUGAGGAUGUCGUACACUCCGAAAGCGAAGAGGAGAGCGCAGCUUCAAUGUCAGAACGUUCCCAAAGCCCUGACGAUGAGCCGGUCGCUGGGAAGAAGCGAAAGCGGGCAGCAAACACUCCAGUCGCAGGGCCAUCCAAGCGUACGAGAUCACAGCUGGCGAAGCCAAAAGGAAGGAGAACACGCACUGCGCAAGCAACAAAACCAGUGCCCGAACCUUCCUUGCAGGACACAAGUGGAGAUCUCCGAAGCUUUGCCCUUGAAACGCCCUCCCUUGUACCAGACCACGGUCGCCCAUCCGGCGAAGGGUUAGGCCAGGAUCUAUUUGGGGAGCUCUUCGAAUCUCUUUGCGAAUACCCUCCUUCUGAGCAUGCACUCGGCUCUCACCACUCGUAG